UUAUUGGGAUUUUUAGAUUUGUAUUGAUUUGAAAUGAUUAUUUGGGGGAAUUCUGUUUGUUUUAAAAAUAAUGGGGUUUAUAUAUGGAGUAAUCUCUCAUUAUUUUAUUAGUGCUUUAGACACUAAGAUCUGGGUUAAACUCUUGUAUUAAGAUUGUGUCUAUAUUAGAAUUAAAUAAGUUGGUUUCUAAAUAAUUCAGUUCUCUAAUUUUUAUCAGAAAAAUGUCCAAAAACUCAGAAUUUGGAUUCCCAGAAAGUAAAAAGAUCAAAGAAAACAUAGACCAAUUGUUAUAGGUUCUAAGCAAAUAACUAAGGUUGAAGAGGAUAAGAGAGGCUGAAAAAAUAACAAUAAAAGAAUUAGAAGUAAUGAUAUCAAAGACAAAAAUCAGAAUAUGACCUCAAGAAACUUGAAAAUCCCUACAACAAACCUAGCAAUUGUUGGAAUAAAAAAGAAAUAAACACAAGAAUGAUGUUUAAAAGAAUAAAUCCGAAAUAUAUAGAAAGAAAUAUAGAAUAUUCAAAAGUAUGAUAUGCUCCUGAUAACCCUCUAAAAUGAGAGUUUCUGAGAUCAAAGAGAAGUUACGACCAUUCUCUACUAAAAUAAAGUUCCCCAAAAGCCAUUGAAAUCAAAGCAAGUCACAAAAAAUCAUCUUUCAUCCACUAAUUUUACUCCAAAAUCAACGCUUUACAACAGAAGCCAGAAAUCAUCUCUCAACUCCGAUCUUGAACAAAUAGAUUUCUAUCCUACAAAUACAAAAGAGCUACACUCUAAUUCCCAUUUCCAGACCAAAAUUCAGCCUCUAAAGAUGACUAAUGCUCAUAGAAGCUCGACAAGAAAUUUUAUAAAAUAUAAUUUUGCAAAUUUAUUCAAAGGAAUCAAGAAAAGAAUCUACAACCGAUCCAAGUUUCGGAAACAACAGAUAGAAAGAAGGAAAUCUCAGUUUGCAUCUCAAGAAUCAUUAGAAAAUCAACAGUUAUUGCAGACACAAAAUAUUAAUGAAGAACAAAAAUUUCAUAACUGUAGCGGGGAUUCAACUACUCAUGGAAGACUUUUUCAUAUUUCUAGUCAGAAAUCACUCUCGAAUUGAUGUAGUAAAGAAGAUACAAAGAAUGCAUCAGAACUUUGAGAAACCAGCACUGACAACAUCGAACAAACUAGAUUGCUAACUCAAAGAAUUAAAAAUAGGAGGAAAACUAUCUUAAUAAAUCAUCAAAAUAAAAGUUCAGUGGUCUAUGAAGACCAAAAGUCUAAUCCUCAGCAUUCUCAUAAAAUCUCAAAUAAUUUUGUUUCCAACAGAAGUUCAUGAAGUGGAAGUAUUAGGCUUCAUUCUUCUCAAAAAUCUUCACUAAAAGAUCUGAAUACAGAUUUUAAAAAGCCCAAAAAUAGUAAGAUUUUGACUAAGAAAUGACACAAAUCUAAAAGGUUUGUCAAAAACAAGAAAUCUGCUCAUUUCCCUCUAUCAAAGAGAAUGGCUAUGAAAAGAAGGGUAGUAUUUAGCCAGAUCCAAGAAUGAGAUAUGCACAUAAAGGAUUCAACAUAUUCAUAUUAA